GUGCGGGAGAUUUUGAGAACAAUAGAGAAGACCGUAAUAUCAAAUUAAUUUAUAUAGGCAUUACUUUCUUCACCAUUAUUGUCUGAAUUCAUUUUUUCACAUCUCAAGAAACUAGCGAUUCGCUUAUAGUAGUAAGCAAUGUUUCCUGCUUGUAGUAAUUGUGAUGUCUGGAGAAAUGCUAUGAAUGCCCUGAUUGUAUUCCUCCUUCUCUUUGUGGAAUCAUGUGGUGCAAGGCCUCCAGAGGUGAGGAUUGGGGGAGUCUUUGAUUUAGGAAGCUAUCGAGGUAAACAAUCAAAUGUAGCCAUACAAUUGGCCAUUGAAGAUGUUAACAACAAUCCCAAUAUUCUUAAUGGGACCAUUCUUCAGUUUCAGACAAGUGAGAUGGGAAGCAAUGCUCUCAUAGACGCAGAGAAUGUGUUGAAACUGUUCAGAGCAAACGUGGUAUCUGUUAUAGCACCCAUGACACCACAAGUCUCCAACUUUUUAUCCCUACUAGCUGAUUCUGCACAUGUGCCACUCAUUACAUUUGCUGGCAAAGAUCCAUCCAUGUCCAUCAAACAUUCGGCAUAUUCAAUUCAGAUGAUUGGCAGGGAUGCGGUGCAAAUGAAGGCAAUAGCUUCUCUGCUCAACAAGUUUCAUUGGAGAGAAGUAGUGGUCAUAUUUCAAGAUGAUGAAUUGGGUCUCAGCGGCCUGCUGGCCUUACACAAUGCACUUGGGGGAAGUGCUGCCAGUAUAGCCCAAAAGUUUUCUGUAUCUGUGAAGUCUUUCGAUAACUCUUCAUGGAAAGAUAUGCAGAAGAGACUUGAAGACGACAAGACUAGGAGUCGUGUGUUUGUUAUACAUACGAGUUAUGAAUUGGCCCAGAAAAUCUUUUUGGAGGCAAAACAAUCAGGCAUUAUGAAGAAACUGGGCGGGGCUUGGAUUGUAACAGAGUGGGUAGCAGAUUCUUUGGAUGUCCAAGAUGAUAAAAUUAUGGAUUCAAUGCAAGGAGUCAUUGGAGUUCGCACGAGCAUUACACACACUCCACACUUCGAGAAUAUCAGCAGGAGAUGGAAGGACAAAUUCAUGAGGUUGUAUCCAAAUGAUAUUCACUCUGAAAACAUUGGCAUAGUUGGAGCCUAUGCUUAUGAUUCUAUAUGGGUAAUUGCUCAAGCUAUUGAUGCUCUCUUUAGAAUCAACAAUCUUACUGAAUUAGGAUUUAGGUCUUCUGGGAAACUUUCAACAAAUGCCCAUGUUUUUGAUGAAGGCAGUGCUCUGUUUCAGAAAGUAAUUAACAGCAAUUUCAAGGGAAUUAGUGGGAACAUAAGAUUCAGUAAAAAUGGGCUUCUUGAAAUUCAUUCAUAUGACAUUGUCAAUGUAGUCAAUAGGACAAUCAGAGUUGUGGGAUCAUGGAUGAAGGAAGAGUUCAAAUUGAACGGAGUAGAGAUUGUGUGGCCAAAUGAAUCUUCAAUACCACCUUCUGGUUUCAGAAAGUUUAUAGUGGGAGUACCAUCAAAUGUCGUGUUUUCUGCUUUUAUAAACAUUACAAAGUCAAACAAUAGCCAAAAAUUCGAGGGAUUCUGCAUAGAUGUAUUUAAGAGAGCUGUGAAAAAUCUCCAUUGUCAUUUUGACUAUGAAUUUCAGAUUUCUGACGAGAGCAAUGGACAUCCAGACUAUAGUGACCUCGUUGACCUGGUUGCAAAUAAGACAUUUGAUGCAGUUGUGUCUGAUAUCACAAUACUCUCAAGCCGCAGCGCAAAGGUAGAUUUUACACAGCCAUAUACUGAUACAGGACUGGUAAUCAUGGUGCCUAUUAAGAAGAUAAAUUCUUCUCGUUGGGCCUUUGUGGAACCGUUUACAUUAUCUAUGUGGUUGACUACAGCGGCAUUUGUUUUUCUUACUGCUUUUCUUAUUUGGCUAUUGGAGCGGGACAAGAAUGAUGCUUUCACAGGAGAGCCUGCCAAGCAAAUGGAGAUAUCUCUCUGGUUUUCAUUUUCAACAGUUAUAUUUGUUCACAGAGAGAAGGUUAUGACAUCUCUUGGUAAAGUAAUUUUGAUAAUCUGGCUGUUUGUAGUGUUGAUCUUAAAUUCAAGCUAUACAGCUAGCCUUGCAUCCUACCUCGCUGUCCAGGAACUGUCUUCGCCGAUACGAGAUAUGGAAUCAUUGAGAGUAAGCAACGCAUCCAUAGGCCAUAUGGUUGGCUCAUUUGUUAAGCAUUACCUAACCCAAGAGCUAAAAAUUGAAGAGAGAAGAUUGGUAGCUCUCAAAAGGCCAGAGGACUAUGUUCAAUUACUCAGGAUUGGAAAAAUUGGUGCUGUCGUUGAUGAGACUCCAUACAUUUCCAUGCUUAUGUCACACCAUUGUGGUGAAUUUGAUAUUGUGGGUCGGCCCUUUUACAGGGGAGGAUUUGGAUUUUUAUUUGCGAAAGGAUCUCCAGUGCUUCCAGAAAUGACAUCUGCAGUGCUGAAUAUUACGCAGAACAAGACAGAGUUGGAAAAUAUUCGCAGCCGGUGGUUUGGUCCAUACUCUUCUUCUUCUUCCCAAUCUUGCAAUGGUGAAAGCACUAGUAAUUUGCAUGAACGAGAGGGGAGUGACAUAGAGCAGUUAAGUCCAAGAAGCUUUUGGGGUUUGUUCAUCAUCUUAUCGGUAACAUAUUUUGCACUGGUAUCCUUCCAUUUUGGAAAGAAGUUUUAUGAAGGCAGACUAACUAGCCAAAGGGUGGCUGAUGUACAGUCCAAGCCUACAGAGAGCCCUUUGCCCGCAGUUCAAUUAGGGGAGAUAAGACCCCAGUUAGACAAUACACCCACAAUUCCCCAGUUGGACAAUUUGUACUCAAUUCAAUUGGAGGAGAUACGCCCCCAGUUGGACAACAUGCCUGCAAUUCAAUUAGGGGAAACAUGGCCUCAGUUGGGCAACACACAUGAAAUUCAAUUAGAUGAGACACCUGUUGGAUAACACCUGUAGAACAAAAUUUUGAAUUUUACAGUGCACCCUGUUCAUUCAAGUUUCAAUUCUAGCGUCGUGUACAAAAUUACACCACUUUCCAAAA